AUGACAAGAACGCUAUCAGACUCAGCCAAGCAUGGCAUCCGGACCAGCAUGGACGACGUCACCGCCGACCCUCACAAAAUCCCUGGAUGCGUCGCGGUAGUCGUCGAUAGAGAUGGGAAAACCGUCUUUUCGCACGCCAGUGGGAAAAAGGGCAUCGACACCAAUGAGCCCAUGAGCCUCGACGACGUUUUCUGGAUCGCAUCGUGCACGAAAAUGAUUGGCGGCAUCGCAGCGAUGCAAUUAGUCGAGCAGGGGAGGCUGGCGCUUGAUGAUGCUGAUUUGGUGGAGCGAUAUUGUCCGGAGCUCAAGACUAUUCGGAUUUUGAAGGGCAUCGAUGAGAAUUGCAAGGCGGAGACGGUGGCGAAGAAGAAUCGGAUCACGCUAAGGAUGUUGUUGAACCAUACUGCUGGCUUUGAGUACACCUUCUUCAACGACACUGUCCGGCUCUAUGGCCAACCAGCUGGCAUUGACGAAUUCGACUGCCAUCCGAGUGGCGUCCUAGGUCAACCCCUGACCUUUGAGCCAGGCACCGACUGGGCAUACGGAGUCGGCAUAGACUGGGCAGGCACACUCAUCGAGCGCGCAACAUCCAUGUCCCUGAACGAAUACUUCCAAACCCACAUCUUCGCCCCGCUCGACCUCCACCACAUCACCAUGUUCCCCACCCCGCAGAUGAAAGCCACCCUGGCCCACAUGCACCAAAAGACCCCCGGCCACGUACGGGCCCGAGACCACCUCUACCGCCGACCCCUGAUCGCCACCCCGGCCGAAGUCCCCGGCAUCUACAACUCCGCCGGCGCGGGCUGCUUCGGCCGGCCCACGGACUACGCGCAGAUCCUCGCCGCCUUGCUCAACGGUGGGACUUCCCCCGCGACGGGGAAUCGGAUCUUGGCGGAGGAGAGCGUGGAGGAGAUGUUCACGAACCAGAUCCCGGCGUUCCCGGAUUUUGGCCGAAAGGGGAUCCGGACGGCGAAACCGACGUAUACGAACGAUAUACCGGAUUUCUAUCCUCAGCCCGAGGAGCAGCCGCAGGGGUGGGGUUUGACGUUUAUGCUGACGAUUCACGAGGCGGCUACGGGGAGAGGGAAGAAUACGGCGUGGUGGGCUGGACUGCCGAAUUUGUUUUGGUGGUGCGAUAGAGAGAAUGGUGUUGCGGGGAUCAUUGCAACGCAGAUUCUACCUUUUUGUGAUGCCGAUGUUAUUGGACUUUGGGCCAAUAUUGAGAGUGCUGUUUACAAAAAUUUGGAAUAG